CGGAAGUGUCCCACCAAAGCUUCCGUAGUUUGAGUCACAUGAGUAGUUUGUUGUGGUCGUGACAGAGACAACAUGAAGCUGCUGAAUAACUAACAGACUAACUACUGCUGUAACGUUUAGUGAAACUAUCCGGUCAACAAGACGGAGCGGCGUUAGAUCUUAUAGUCGUCGUUAACGGAUACAUAAACGAUGCUUCGGUGGAUCCUCGGAGGUAAAGAAGCUCUGGGUUCAUCAGAGAAAAGCCCCGUGUUGUGCAUCGGAGAGGAACAGCCCAAAAACUGGUUCACUGAGCUGCAGGUGCUGAAAGGACAUUUUGACAUUGUUCGAUUUCUGGUGCAGAUUGAUGACUUCAGAUGUGCCUCAGCAGGCGACGAUGGCCUUGUUUUGGUGUGGAACGUCGAGACCGGAGAGAGGCUGCAGGAGCUGAGGGGCCAUUCUCAGCAAAUAACAGCCAUCACCACCUUCACCUGUAAUAAUGGACUCAUGUCACACACCUCGCUCAUCACGGCCUCCUCAGACCGAAGUCUCAGCCUGUGGGAUCCUGAUACAGGCAACAGGGUUCAGACCAUUUCAGAUCUUCAGUCUUCUGUAAAGUGUUUGCUGGUGUUGGAGCGGCUGUCUGUGUGGGUCUCCGGCGGUGAAGAGCUGUGUGUGUGGAACAAAGACUUCCAGCUGCAGUGUCACAGACCGAACCACAGCGACACUGGAAUAACUGCUUUGAUAGAGCUGCCCAAGAACUGCAUAGCAGCUGCUAUGGAUAAAGAGAUAGUGAUCUACAGGCUGACCGUCUCUACUGAUUCCUCGCUGUCAGUGGCUGAGAUCCGCUGUCUGUCCGACCACCAGGACAGGAUUCGAGCUCUUAUCAACGUCAAUGACGGGCUCUUCGCCAGCGGCUCCCAUGCGGGUGAGUUGAUCUUAUGGGAUGCGAUUGAUUGGAACAUCCUGGGCUAUGAGCACAUCCUGUGGGAGGAGUCACAAGCCUGCGCUCAGGCCGAAAUACGAAUGGCCGCUCCCAAACCCAGCGAGAUGUCGAUCCAGCAUCUGACCACCAAUGGAAGGCACAUCCUUGCAGCUGUGGGCAGCGGUCUGUAUGUGUACAGCGUUCUGACCAAGACGGUGGUGGCCUACAGGAAGGUCGCCCAUGACUCUAAUGUCUUACACACCAUGCUGCUAUCUGACAGUGAGCUGAUGUCGUGCUCUGAAGACGGCAGUGUGAGGAUGUGGGAGAUCCAAGACCUGCCUUUGCCUGCUGAACCAGCCUCUCCAGGGUUCUUUGGUAUGUGGAGUUUCGGCCGGUCGAACAAACCGACUGGUCCUCCGUUAAAGAAGGUUGUGGACGUCCCAAACAUCAGGACGCUGGAGUUGACGGGUGAUCUGAUUGGACACUCGGGGGCAAUUCAGAUGUUCGUGAACUUUAGGGAGAACGGUUUGGUCACCUGCUCGCACGACCACCUGCUGAUUCUGUGGAAGAACGGAGAAAGGCAGUCUCACCUCCGCAGCCUGGCACUUUUCCAGAAACUGGAGGAGAACGGAGGACUCUGACCUUUAACCCUUCACCGAGCCCAGACGUGAAGCUGUCGGUGAUGUUCAUCUCAAAUCAUUUGAAUUUACUGUAAUCACUGUUGUUUGCUUUUAAUGAUAAUGUAAUGCUUGUUGUUUGACUGAUUAAUUUAAUAAUUGAUAAUUUAAUUUAAAACUCAGUAAAUACCUCGUCACUGAAACAAA